UUGUUCAAUAGUUCCAUAUAAAUCACCCCAUAGCUCAGUAUUUUUUAGCCAAAAAAAAGGAAAGAAAAUGCAAAGUCUGCAUAUUCUUCUAACCCUUUUGUUCCAUGCAUUUAUGUUUCAAGUUCUGGAAAGUUCGUUAUUAACCGAAAACCAGCAAUAUUACUACAAUCAAGAAAAGAACUACGAAGGCUCGUCCAACCUCGUAGACCUCAAAUACCACAUGGGACCUGUUCUUGCAUCCUCGAUAAACCUCUACAUAUGGUACGGCGAAUGGAACCCCACACACCAAUCCACCAUUCGAGAUUUCAUCCACUCCUUCUCUUCCCCUGCACCCUACCCUUCAGUUUCCGACUGGUGGUCCACCGUAAGCCUCUACACCGACCAAACAGGCUCCAAUAUCUCCCAAACCAUCACCCUCUCAAACGAGUUCCACGAUUUCAAAUACUCCCACGGCAAACACCUCACCCGCCUAUCAAUCCAAUCCAUCAUUAAAAACUCAGUCUCUUUAUCUCCGUAUCGAAAACCAUUGCCUCUAAAUUACGAAAACGGCCUCUACUUAGUGCUCACAUCUUCCGAUGUGCAAGUGCAAGAAUUUUGCAGGGCUGUUUGCGGGUUCCACUAUUUUACAUUCCCAUCGGUCGUAGGGGUCACUGUGCCUUACGCGUGGAUCAGAUAUAGUGGGACCCAGUGCCCAGGCAUGUGCGCUUAUCCGUUCGCAUGGGAUAAAUACUCCGGUGUGGCGCCGCCCCACGGUAGUAUAAUGGGCGCCCCUAAUGGGGAUGCUGGGGUGGAUGGAAUGAUUAGUGUGAUUGCGCACGAGCUUGCGGAAGUAUCUAGCAACCCUUUGAUUAAUGCGUGGUAUGCGGGGGAUGAUCCGACGGCUCCGAUCGAGAUAGGAGAUUUGUGUGUGGGUGUUUAUGGGAGUGGUGGUGGUGGAGGGUAUUUGGGAGAAGUGGAAAAGGAUUUAAGGGGGAAUGGGUAUAAUUUGAAUGGGGUGAAGGGGAGGAAGUUUCUUGUGCAGUGGGUGUGGAGUCACGUGCGAAGGAGAUGCUUUGGUCCUAAUGCAUUGGAUUAGUUUAAUGGCACAAUUUCUUGGUUGUUUUUUUUCUUUUUUUUUUUUUUUUUCUUUUUAAUGCAUGAUGUACUAAAUACUGUACCAAUACAAUGCGUGUGUACUUCUUUCAUGUGCAUAUAUAUAGAUUCCAAAAUUGUUUAGGCUGUUCAAAUAUAAUAUAGAGCAUUAGAUGGCCAAAGGAGAGGAUUGUAUCUAAUUCAAUAAAUAUCA